CCUUGGAUGAGUGCGCGUCGCGCGCGGUCCAGUCAGAAAAAGCGGCUUCUACUGGAACGAGCUCACCCGUGAAUGCGCCUCCGAGAAGUUAAAACAGCUGUCUAUCUGCAGAACACGACACGGGACCACGGAGAUACCGAGAUAAUGCUGUUGUAAUGCCUUGUUCUGAGGGCAAAGAGUCAAAGGAAGUAGUUUUGUAUUGUUUAUUCUCCUGCGCUACAUUGUAAAGUGUUUUCCAACAAGAAGUCGCGCAUUCAUGAUUUGUUUUUGUCCAGAACCGAGGAUUAGGCUAUACUGACGGGGUCUCGAGUCCUUAAGAUUUUAAGGGUCCAGAAGCACUUUUUGUUAUAAGGAAUGGCCACGGCACGGCUGGACUAUAUCGCUCCAUGGUGGACCUACUGGCUGCACAAUUUCCCCCACUUCAACUUCACCUUCCAGCCCGUUGAUAACACCUUCAGACCCGGGGAGUCGAGCUACCAGCAGUCUCUGGUCUUCCUAGCCUGUAUAUCAGCUGCUGGACUAGUCCUGAGCCUCCUGCUGCUGUCUGUCUACCUGACCAGUGUGUGCUGCUGCAGGAAGGAGGAGGAGGAGGAGACCAAGAGGCCUGACUCCUGCUGUGUCUCCUGGACCGCUGUCAUCACUGGGCUCAUCCUAUGCUCUGCUGUUGGAGUGGGUUUCUAUGGUAACAGUCAGACCAAUGACGGGGUGUAUCAGCUGACCUACUCCCUCCACAAUGCCAACCACACUCUGGGUGGCCUCAACAGCUUGGUCUCCAGUUCUCUGGGCAGUAUGGAGGUGGGUCUGCAGCAGCACCUGAAUCGUCUGGAUGAGAUCUUUGCUGCGCGGGGAGACUAUGUCCAGGCCUUGAGGUUCAUGGGUCAGAUGGCUGACAACAUCAUCAGACAGCUGACCGCCAUGCCGGACCUCAGCAAGGCCAAGGUGGACCUGUCGGCCAUCGCUGAUCAGACAGAUUACGUAGAGUACUACAGGUGGCUGACCUACCUGCUACUGCUGAUCCUAGACCUGGUUAUAUGCCUGGUGGCCUGUCUGGGGGUGGCAAAGCAGUCCCGGUGGCUACUCACCAUGAUCAUGGUGUUUGGGGUGAUAUCUCUGGUCCUGAGCUGGGCAUCACUAGGAGCAGGCACUGCUACUGCCGUGGGCACCAGUGACUUCUGUGUGUCUCCAGACAAGUUCAUAGCAAACAGGACCAAGGAGUUCCUCAGUGCAGAAGUGACACACUACUACCUGUAUUGCAGUCAGAGUCUACCCAACCCUUUCCAACAGUCUCUGACUAUCUUCCAGAGGUCUCUGACCACCAUGCAGAUCCAGAUACAAGGACUACUGCAGUUCUCUGUACCUGUCUUCCCUACUGCUGAGAGAGAUCUUCUGGGCAUCCAGCGCCUGCUGAACUCUACAGAGUUCAACCUGAACCAGUUAACAGCCCUACUAGACUGCAGGGGGCUCCAUAAGAACUACCUGGAUGGUCUGAUGGGAGUGUGUUAUGACGGGGUGGAGGGUCUCCUCUACCUCUGCCUCUUCUCUCUGCUGUCGGUCAGUGCCUUCUGUGCCAUGCUGUGUGCCAUCCCCCGGGCAUGGACCCUCAUCACCAGCAGGGACAGGGCCUAUGACGACAUCGAUGAGGAGGAUCCGUUUAACCCCCAGGCCCGUCAUAUGACCUUCAACCCCAGUAGAGCCAGCCAUGUACACAGCUUCUGUAGCUACAGCAGCAGUCUGGACAGCCAGGCCAGUCCACACCCUCCACCACAGACUGCCGCCAUCCUCCCCACCUCAGAGUACAUGAAUCAGUCCAUGCUGUUUGGAGGGAACCCUCGUUAUGAGAACGUUCCUCUGAUCGGGAGGGGAUCCCCGCCACCCUCGACAUUUAGAAACAUAUUCUCCCAGAAUGAGAACUACCUACCUGUCUAUGACUGACGCACAGAUCAGACACUUUGGGACAGACUUCCAGCAGGUAUAGCCCCCAACUAUGGCCUACCGGUCCCCCUCGGGAAGGGUCUGUCUGGGACUACCACUGUACUGAGGAAGGGUCUGUCUGGGACUACCACUGUACUGAGGAAGCAGAGUUUACAGAUCACCCUGUCCAUGGAUGUCUCACCCUGCUCUCCUGGCCAUCUGUUACUUAAAUGCAGGAGGUAUGGGGUCAACAAUGGCUCAGGAACACACUGACACUCUCAAAGUCCUGUACUGUACGUGUAGAAACCAGGAGACUACAUAGAACCCUGAGUGUAAAGUGCACUUGCAUCUCUCCCCAAACAAACCAACAAUUCAGUUAUGUGUUUUCUUCAAAUGUGCGUGUUCGUCUCGAGCCAGAUCAGAAGACAUGAUUGUUAUGAACCAAGUUGAACGUUUAUAUAUUGUCCUGUGAGUGACGUCACCUUUGAUGGAUUUCAGGGGACAGCAAAUAACCAGAUUGAUUUCCUUCACAGCCAUAAAUGGUUAUUACAUGAACUGUCUUCAGUUUUCCCCAACCUGUCAUCGCUAUUACAAGCUGUCAUCUAACCAGUCUAGCAUUCAGCUCCUCUUACACUUGACGACACAGCUCUUGCACUUGACGACACAGCUCUUACACUUGACGACACAGCUCUUACACUUGACGACGCAGCUCUUACACUUGACGACACAGCUCUUACACUUGACGACACAGCUCUUACACUUGACGACGCAGCUCUUACACUUGACGACACAGCUCUUACACUUGACGACACAGCUCUUACACUUGACGACACAGCUCUUACACUUGACGACGCAGCUCUUACACUUGACGACACAGCUCUUACACUUGACGACACAGCUCUUACACUUGACGACGCAGCUCUUACACUUGACGACACAGCUCUUACACUUGACGACACAGCUCUUACACUUGACGACACAGCUCUUACACUUGACGACACAGCUCUUACACUUGACAACACAGCUCCUACACUUGACGACACAGCUCUUACACUUGACGACACAGCUCUUACACUUGACGACACAGCUCUUACACUUGACGACUCAGCUCUUACACAUUUGACACAACCCAAAGUCUUCAUGAUGUCUUCCGUCAGAGUGAUGAGUCAAACUUGAUGAAAACGGACCACGUAUUUAUUGUCACUUAUCUUUCAGGUUAUUCAUUGAUAUCGAGGAAGGGCGAAUAUAAUGGACUUAUUUUUUAAAUGUGACUGGAAAACAGAUCAUUCAUUGAAAUUGUGAUGAUGUCUACACUCUUAGAGUAAAAUGUGCUGUCUAGAACCUAAAACGGUUCUUUGGCUGUCCACAUAGGAGAGCCCUUUGAAGAACCCUUUAUGGUUCCAGGUAGAACCUUUUGGGGCUCCAUGUAGAACCUUUUCCUCAGAGGGUUCUACAUGGAACUCAAAAGUGUUCUACCUGGAACCAAAAAGGGUUCUACCUGGAACCGAAAGGGAUUCUCCUAUGGGGACUGCCGAAGAACCCUUUUAGAACCCUGUUUUCUAAGAGUGUAACUCUAUAUGUAUGUGUAAGGGGGACUGAGGAGAAAGGAUGCAUGAUGAUGUUUCUAAAGCCUUUAUUUCCUGUAACCUGUUUCUCUCUGUUCUCCUAUGCUGUGUCAUCCUGCAUGCUGUGUCCUGCUCAAUUCUAGCCUGGAUCCCCGACUGAAUAUCAGUCCAUUUCAUUAUUGUGUCAGCGAAUCAUCAAAAGGAAUAAAACAGUGAAAUUCAGUUUCGGUUCCAUGCCAGUUCAUUUCAGGACGACACCGAGGGCUUUACCGUAGCUUGGCACCUACACUGAAUAUUGCUCUGGUUCACUAUUGUGUCACUUGAAUCUGUGGCUGUGUCCCAAUAAUCUCACACUUGUUCACUUCCCUGCAUGGAAAGGAAAUGACUGUUCCUCUAACCCGAGUCUACACCAAUCCAAUGCGUUGGAACUUGCAGGGAGUAGUGAAUGAGUUCACACUUCAGGAGGAUGGAGAGAGCAUUGGGUUGCACCGUCUGGAUUACAGCGAUAUUUCCUUUGGAUUCUAGACUUAUCGGCCUACUGCCUGUACAUUAACAUGUUAAACAUUCCCUGGAUUAGGAUGAGAGGAAACCAUCAACAACGGAAAUGGUGUUGAUGGUGAAUUACUGGUAAGUAUUAUCACUGAUGUGAUGUUUAUUGGAUGUUUGUUUGUUUACCACGAGUUGGACACAUAGGGUAUAGGCCAGAACCUAACAUACAGUGCCUUGCGAAAGUAUUCAGCCCCCUUGAACUUUGCGACCUUU